ACUGGGUGGAAGAAGGCGUGGCUUGUUUUCGAAGGAACGGAAGUGAUUCAAUGUUUUGGUUCCGGGUCCGUCGGUGAUGAAAUAACUAAUGAGAAAUUGGAUUUGCAAAGAUUUGCUUCUUAUUUGUGCAAACAUAGCAACUAAAGUUGAUCAUAUGAGCGUCGCCAUGGUGUCGCAGUAAGCUGGAGAGGCUUGAUUGCUAGCUAACUAGUCUCGACAAGUUUGAUACGGAUCAAGUCUUUGUUGGUUUAUACGAAAUGUGUUUGCUGCUCGGUGCAACCGGUGUUGGAAAAACUCUUCUCAUGAAACGUUUACAGAAGCUCAUUGUGAGAGAUGGCACAACUGAUUUAGGGGAACCCCCUGUUACUCUACCUACGGUGGGCACCAACCUGACAGACCUGACUCUGAAGAGGAAGAGGGUGACUGUGAGAGAGCUGGGAGGCUGUAUGAGUCCUAUCUGGCCCAGUUACUAUACAGACUGCUCCUCUGUCAUCUUCAUGGUGGACUCUGCUAACACCACCCAGACCUCGUCGUCCUGUAUCCAGCUCCUGUCUGUCCUCUCUGCUGAACCUCUCCACACAGCCUCUGUCCUGGUUAUCUUCAACAAGAGGGACCUCCCUUGUACCAUGAGUCUCGUAGAGAUGAUGUCACUGUUCAGGAUGGAUGACAUCAUCGCCUCUGCCACCCAGCCAAUCACGACCCUGGAACUGAGCGCUCGUUCCGGACAGGGACUCCAGGAGGUGUUGGGCUGGCUGGACUCCACCCUAACUGACUGACAGAGUGAUGUCAUAGAAGCAUCUUCCUUCCAAGAAGCAGUUCCUCAUUGCUGGUGCUUUCAAGACAACUGGGGACUCUGGGAAAAAUACGAGGUCAAAUCAUGACGCCAGUGAUUUUCAGGUCAGAAAGUCGGUGCUGUAGGAGGCCCGAGUUCCCGAGUUGGAACUUCAAGUUGGAUGACCGUU